AUGGCACCGGUCAUGACGCCCGCUUUUGGUGAAGAGCUGCUAGAGGCAUACACAGACUUGGAACUGGCUCACUAUAUUACAUGCUCGCCGAAAUGUGUAUCUUCCUCGCGGGUAUUCUAUCUCUCCUCGAAUCUCAUCGCCAAGCACUAUGAGCCUUCAGACGUCGAAGGUGCGUUGAAGGCUACUGAAGUCGCCAGCCAGCGUGGGAUCCGCUGUCCCUCCGUACGAAAGAUCAGCAAGAAACACGAGAAUGUUUAUGUGAGUAUGAACCGGGUGGAGGGCACCACAUUAGACGUUAUCUGGAAGGAACUGGGCUGGUUCAUGACAGUCAAGCUUGGUCUGCAGCUUCGCCGCUGUGUGAAGAUUGACAGAAGUAUUACCUCACCGACUGCCGGAUCGCUCGUGACAGGCGAAUGCAGGUCUUUCUGGCGAGACGAUCGCUACGGUCUUCCUGCGAAUUCGGGUCCCGCGGAGAUUGCCCACUUCUGUCAAGUUCUGGGCGAGCUUUACCUCCAUGCGUCGAGCAAUGCAUAUCUAGCGUGA